CGCAGCGCUAGUGGCGGGGCGGGAGCUGCGGAAAGUACCUCUGCGAAUAGCCCGUGGCGUUGCUGCUGAAAGUGGAAAUGCAAAGUGGCUAACAAGACGUAUCACAGAGGUGGAAGGGUCCCUGAGGAUCAUAUAGUCAACCCCCCUUUUCAAUAUAACUGUAAACAAUCUUGGAAACAUAGUAGACAGCAAUUAUUAGGAUAUUACUUCCUUUGUUUUACAGAAGAAGGGUCAUAUGCAAAGUGGCUUUUUCUGCCCUUUCUGAUCUUUUUUUUGCAACAUGAACACAAACAGCCCAUUAUCGCAAAAUGGGUUACUUCAGCCACACGUCCAUUACUCCUUUUUGAAAACAGCAUCUGAAGGAUUGUCUCAGAGUGAGUCUGAUUCUGAAAGCCUUGCUCAGGAGAUUCAGUAUCAGUUCGAACUUCAGAAACGAAUCCAUAGAAGCAAAGAGCUGGUUGGACAGUCUUGCGAAGAGCUGCAGAAAGACAACUUGGAUGAAGACAGCCUGGAGGAAAAAUGUUUGAGUGGAGAAGAGGACUCAGAUGGAGAAGUAACACGGGUUCCAAAUGGGAGCAAUUCUGGAGAGGAAAAAUGCAGCAGUGCAAGUAACAAAGAGGAAAUUGUGGACAGGUACUCUGAGCUGCGAUAUAAUCCCAACUGGAAGAAUAAUAAAGAGGCAGCUGGCUUUACUGGGUUAGAUAAAUCUCUCCAGGAAGAGGAUGAAGACUUACCCUUUCUUUCUCUCGAUUCAAACGGCAGUCCUUCACAGUUCAGAUUCAUAUACAGGGAUCGUCAACACAAGAAAAAAGCAAAAAAUAUUCCAUCUGGAUUUGACAAGGAGCUCUUGAACUCUUGUGAUCAACCUGCAAAUGUCAGCAAUGGAUCUUGUAGACUGCAUGAUAAAGAACAAGAAGUUGUUGUUCUCUGCCAUUAUAACAGCAAUCCUAGUAUACACAGCGACAGUUCUUCUACUCAUAUUGAAGAAUUUAAACAGAGACCAGAAAAGGACUUUGUAGAAAAGAACAAGCUCACUUUGGGAUUAAUAACUCAGCAGAACAAUUCCUACCUUCACCUCCAUGGUAAAAAGCAAAGCGAAGACUAUCAAGGGCAGGCUCACCAAUACAAAAGGCCCGAGAUGAGCGCAACAGACCCAAGCCAAGCUACAUCCCUGAAAGAAAAUUCCCUAAGCGGGAGCCCUCUCUGGCAUCAAUUGGGAGCCCUAGUAGAACUAAGGAGCCAGCAAGCCAGAUGUCACAAUGCGUUAGAAUUUGAGAACACUCAUACAAAUUCCAACUCUUACAGAGAAGUGUCUGAUUUGGAGCAAGACGCCAGAGCUCCAUUGCAUCACAGGCUACACCCAAAUCCUUCUGUCGCUGCUUCGGCGGCAAACUGCUCUGGUCAGGGCAGCCAGUUUUCCCCAGACCCAGCCUCUGUUGUUCAUCAGCAUGGCAAGCAGAAUUCCAUGAACUUACUAACCUUUGCUAGGAAUCCUCUUCAGCCGAGUUCACCUCAAAACUUCCUAGAGUUUCAUUCGCCAUGUACUGCUGAAAAGAAGAAGAAAAACCAACGCGACCCUGAGAACGCUUCUGGAGCCCACAGACAAUCUCCAUAUAGGUGUACCGUUUCAGAACCUCAAUCGACGGCCAGCCAUGGCAAGUGUAGGAACCUCAUAGGGCACAAGAGCUUUCCGGAUGUGUGCAAUGCUGGUCUUCAACAGCCAGUAAACGGAGAAGUUUGGUCUUUGAAGCCCAGACAAAUUUAUACAAAGAAGAUCCCCAGCAGCCAUGUUUCUGGUAACUCAGAGCCAUCCCAGCCAUCCGUUCACAACCUGAUAAGAGCCCUUUCUCCAGCCACGCGGCUCAUCCAGGCGGCAGAGCAGCAUCACCGGGAAAUCUCUCAGCUGGCAGAUGACCACCUUGCUGUAAGCCAGUUCGCUAGCAUGUUCCCACCCAUUAUACAGAGGGGAGAGAGCGACUCGCAGCUCAACAUGGAGAGCUGCGAAGAGAGCCAACCUGUUCUGAGCCGCAGCAAUUCCGAGGGCUACUUGCUUCAGAUGGAAAAGCAGAAGGAGAAGAGGGAGAAAGAGAACAGGAAGGGUCCUAGGACAAAAGGCUACGUGAAGAUGGACAUAAAGCUUGGGGGCCUUGGACCUGACUAUGAAACCAUCAAAGAGAAAUCUGAGAAAAUAAAGCAGCAGAAGGAAUAUGCCAAGCAGAUUAAGGAACACAACAUGAAGAAUAUCACAAGCGUCUGGAAACCGCAGCCGAGGUCUGAGAACAAAUCGGUUGUGUCAAGGCAGAAGGCCCUGGAGUAUGCCAAGACAAUUCCCAAGCCAAAACUUUUUGUAUCGAGGCCUACAGAACAAGAGCCCAAAGAUGAAAAAAACCUGGCGCGUACGUUAAAUGGAGAGAACCUUCCCCCAAUUUCAUCUCUGGAAUCACUGCAGAACAGGCACGAAAAGGAGAAGCAAGUUGUAGCUGCGUUCAAAACCCUCCAUAUUGUGUGAGGAGCCCAAAGUCACAGGACUGUUGGCUUACCUGGCAGUGAGAGCUGGACUGUUUUGCUCUUCCCAUUGGCUCCUUUCGAAGGGCGCCCCAAAUGCCAAAGGGCUGGCGUUUAAUUAUGAGUUUCUGCUAUCACAGAAUGAACUUUGAAGAUGUGAAAUAUUUUCUCUUUAGUCACUCAGCCUCGCUUAUUUUUGUCAGAUGUUAUUGUUGCUAAUUAAA